UUGCCAGUUUGCUUCAAGGCGACACGAUCUAAACAUUCUAUCGUCGAUCGUUCUGUGCUGGGGUAGAAACCAUUUUCGAAGUGUUUCGACAAAGCAUUUAUCCAUGAUCAGAGGUAAUCUGGCUAGGAUAUUUCGAGCCACUGUACACCCAAGAAAUAAAAAUCUGUUAUCAACUGCAUCUCAGGCCAUGAUGUCAGUCCAACAAUCAAUUACCGAAAAGCUAACAAAGGAAUUCAAGCCUGUCUAUUUAGAUGUAAUGAAUGAAAGUUACAUGCAUAAUGUUCCAAAAGGUUCAGAAACCCAUUUUAAGGUUGUGGUGGUAUCUUCAAAUUUUAAUGACACACCGUUAAUUCAGAGACACAGAUUAGUCAAUGAAGUCCUAAAGGAAGAGUUGGCCACUGGGGUCCAUGCUUUGUCUAUACAGGUAAUAAAUUUAACUCCUAAAUUUCUGGAAGCAAUUUAUAUGUAAUUUUUCCUGACAAUA